UGCGGAGACUGCUCCAAUUGGAAACCUCCUCUCGCUGCAACAAGUGAAGCAGAGAAGGAGUGCGGCUGGCGAGCACCAUAGUUUCUGGGAAGUUUGCUAAGAGCAACGGUUUCGAAGACAAAUGGCUAAUGCUGGACUUGAAAUCCUGGGAUUAUCCCUGGGAGUGAUCGGAUGGCUGGGAGCCAUUAUAGCCUGUGCCUUACCCAUGUGGAGAGUGACCGCUUUCAUUGGAAGUAACAUCGUGGUGGCGCAGAUCAUUUGGGAAGGUCUUUGGAUGAACUGCAUUGUUCAGAGUACCGGGCAGAUGCAGUGUAAAGUGUACGACUCGCUCUUGGCGCUCUCGCAAGAUCUCCAGGCUUCCAGAGCUUUGACCAUCAUCGCCAUUGUGUUGGGAGUCCUGGGCAUCCUCAUCUCCAUCGUGGGUGCCAAGUGUACCAACUGUAUUGAUGAUGAGGCGACCAAAGCCAAGGUUAUGAUUGUGGCUGGAAUUAUCUUCAUACUUUGUGGAGUGCUGAUCCUGAUCCCGGUGUCCUGGUCAGCGAACACCAUCAUCAGAGAUUUCUACAACCCGCUGGUCACCGAUGCCCAGAAGAGAGAACUUGGCGCCUCCCUCUACAUCGGAUGGGGAACCUCGGGUCUGCUGAUGCUCGGAGGGGCUCUGCUCUGCUGUUCCUGCCCCCCGAAGGAUACCAAGUACACGCCUUCCAGAGUGGCCUACUCUGCCGCCAGGUCCACAGGUCACAGUGGGUACGACAGGAAGGACUAUGUGUGACAGGGCCAUUAGUCAGCGGCUGCCCUCCGGGGUUUCACAGCAUGUUAGAACCCCUGAGGACGCCACUGUGGAAUGAUUUUAUUGUCCUUUUAUAUUGAAUUCUUUUUUUCCGUUCAACGUAUUGUUAAAUUCAUAAGACAAAAAGUAACUUGGUGGUGAGUGUGCAUGCUUGUGUAUGUAUUAGUCUAACGUAUUUCACCAGAUAUAGUAGCAAAGUAUUGUUUGAUUGUGAUUUUUGUGUUUGUUCCGUGAUUCCCUGCCGGUUUUCCCCUUUUGAGUUGUUUUGUUUUAAGCGGCCCCUUACUCUGUGAAUCCGGGACAAUGCCGAUAACCCGGGGUUUGUGCCUUUACGAUGGACAUCGGCGUCUCAUGCAGAAAGCGACGUUGCUGCAAGUGCAUUAUAGAUACACUGGGGGGGGGGGGUCGGGGGGGAUUGCGUGAAGUCGCAAAUCCAAUGCUUUCUAUGUACUUCCAGAAUGUAUACUUUAACAAAUGAGUUGCAAGAAAAUAGUCUGAAGGAGGGCUGUACGGAGGGAUUCGUUUCAGUGCAAAUAUACUCACGCUUGUAAAAUGCAUGUUAAUGAAUAAACUUUUCAGAAAGACGUGAACCUCAGAAU